AAAAGAAAAAAAAGCGAGCUAUGGAUUCAAUCAAGUCUUUCAAGGGGUAUGGUAAAGUAGACGAGGGCGAAGAGCGAGCUGUCAAGCAAAAGACACGAAGGCAUCUCGUCAUCCUCGUUGUCUCCAUUAUCGUGCUGUUAGCUGUUAUCAUCGGCGCUGUUGCAGGGACUCUGAUACACAAGAGGAACAGCUCGUCUUCCAACAAUGUACCCCCAACCGAUUUGACUCCGGCAGCUUCGUUAAAGGCAGUUUGCGGCGUGACCGAGUACCCACUUUCCUGCUACUCCAGCAUUUCUUCCAUUGCUUCCUCUAACGCAACUGACCCAGAGAUCCUCUUCAAGCUGUCUUUGAAAUUAGUUAUCGACGAGCUCUCUAAGUUGUCUCAAUAUCCCAAGAAGCUGCAAGCUGAAACCGAUGAUACCCAGCUGAAACAUGCUUUAGAUGUGUGCGGAACCCUGUUUGAUGACGCGGUGGAUUGGCUCAAUGAUUCGGCAACUUCUCUGGAAGUUGGGGAAGGAGUGUCGAUAUUGUCGGAUUCCAAGAUCAAUGACUUGAAAACUUGGCUAAGCACAACGAUAACUGAUCAAGAAACAUGCUUGGACACCCUUGAGGAAUUGAACACUACAGAGCAUUUCAACGCCACACUUGUCAAAGAACUUAGAGCCGCCAUGCAGAACUCGAGUGAAUAUACCAGCAACAGUUUGGCCAUCGUUGCGAAAAUCCUGGGUUUGUUGACUGAUUUCAAUAUUCCGAUUCACCGGAGGUUGCUUGGGUUUCAAAAAGUUGCCCCUUCAGAGUUCCCAGCUUGGAUUAGUCCCACUGAAAGGAAACUGUUGCAGGAGUCCAAGCCUACACCAAAUGUUAUCGUGGCUAAAGAUGGUUCCGGCCAUUUCAAGACGAUAAAUGAAGCGGUGAAAUUGAUAGGAAAGAAGAACGAAUCGAGAUUCGUGAUAUAUGUGAAGCAAGGCAAGUAUGUUGAGAACGUGAUUCUGGAUAAACACAAGUGGAAUGUCAUGAUUUACGGUGAUGGCAAGACUAAGACCAUCAUUUCCGGUAGCAAGAACUUUGUUGAUGGAACUCCCACCUUUGCUACAGCAACUUUCGCUGUGGCAGGAAGGGGGUUCAUUGCAAAGGACAUAGCGUUCGAAAACACAGCAGGUGCGGCAAAGCACCAAGCGGUGGCUAUGCGGUCCCAAUCAGAUCGCUCGGUAUUCUAUCACUGCACAUUCGAUGCCUACCAGGACACGCUCUAUGCUCAUUCCAAUCGUCAGUUUUACAAAGAAUGUGAUAUUUUGGGCACAAUCGACUUCAUCUUCGGCAAUGCAGCAGUCAUCUUCCAAAGCUGCAACAUCCUGCCAAGGCAACCAUUGCCGAACCAGUUCAACACCAUCACAGCUCAAGGCAAAAAAGACCCUAACCAAAACACUGGCAUCUCAAUUCAAAAGUGCAGAAUAGCAGCAUUCGGCAACCUCACUGCCAAUACCUACCUUGGAAGGCCCUGGAAAGAGUACUCCACUACUGUGAUUAUGCAGUCUAGCAUUGGGCCGUUCUUGAACCCUGUGGGAUGGAGAGAAUGGGUUACUAAUAUUGACCCACCUACCACAAUCUUUUAUGCAGAAUACCAGAACACUGGACCUGGAUCAACCGUGGAUAGAAGGGUGAAAUGGGCAGGUUAUAAGUCCACUCUCUCGAAAGCUGACGCGGGGAAGUUCACAGUGGCUACGUUUAUUCAAGGUCAUGAUUGGCUGCCUGAUGCCACUGUAUCGUAUGAACCAACUUUAUGAUUUGAUAAUAGAGUCAAGGGUAUAGUCGAGAAUUUAGAUAAGGUCAAAGAUCAAAUACUGAGAUGAUGGUUUUUUCCCCAUU